GGAAAACUAUAAACAAACAAAGUGGUGAAUGUGAAAAGUGGACUUCAAUAAGUUCUAAUAUAUUAAUAUUUAUUGUAUUAUAGUUCAUAUAUAAUUAUUGAAUUAAAAAAUACAUUCAAAUUGGGGUGUUUGAAUUCAUUGGUAAGGGCUCUUGUCUAUCAAUUUCCAUUUACAGAAAUGGAAACGAUAUUGGAACAGCAACGUCGGUACCAUGAGGAAAAAGAACGUUUGGUGGAUUCCAUGGUGAAGGAAAUGUUGCACAAAAAGAAUACCUACCGGGAAGCAAUCAAUUCAGAUCACAGAUUGAAAUAUCUCUUGGACAGAUACCUCACUUCCACUGACCGCUUGAUUGAGUUGUAUGAGGAUAAGGAUGGUCAGAGGAAGGCUGAAGUGGCUUCUCUUACAGGGCCAAAUGAAUUCCAAGAGUUCUAUAACAGACUGAAGCAGAUCAAAGACUUCUACAGGAAGCACCCCAAUGAGAUCAGUGUGCCAAUGUCUGUGGAAUUUGAUGAAUUUUCCAAGGCUAGGGAAAAUCCCAAUGAGGAUAUGGCAAAUUUUGUGGAAUUCACUGAUGAAGAGGGGUAUGGAAAAUAUUUGGAUUUACAUGAAUGUUAUGAGAAGUAUAUCAACCUCAAAGGCAUUGAGAAAGUCGACUAUAUCACGUACCUCGGGACGUUCGAUCAACUGUACGAAAUCCCCAAAGAAAGAAAAACGGGCGAAUAUCGCAAAUAUCUGCUUUGUCUCAUCGAAUAUCUGACGUGGUUCGUUCAGAGGAUCAAACCUCUAAUGGACUUGGACAGCGAUCUGCAAGAGGAAGUCGAUCAAGUUUUGAGCAUGUGGGAGACGGGAACCAUUCCUGGAUGGCCGAAAGAAACCGGCUCUGCCUUAGCACACGUGGGGGCCCAUCUGGACCUCUCGGCCUUCUCCAGCUGGGAGGAACUCGCCUCUUUGGGGCUCGACCGACUGAAAUCCGCCCUCACGGCGUUGGGGUUGAAAUGCGGCGGUACUUUGGAGGAGCGCGCCCAAAGGUUGUUCUCCACCAAGGGCAAAGGGUCGUUGGACCCUUCGAUGAUGACCAAGGCGCACAAGGGAAGGAUCAGCAAGGAGAAGGAGACGGCGAGACAGAAGGAGUUGGCCACGCUUGAGGCGCAGGUCUACAGAUUGUCGGACUUGAUUGUGUCCCAACGGGGCGCGACGAAGGAGAACGUGCAAAGGAAACAGGCGCGCACCGACGCCGAACGCGACGACAGCGAAAACGAGGAAAGCGACGACGACAGCGUCGAUGAGGCAGACGACGAUGUGCCCUACAAUCCGAAGAAUCUCCCUCUCGGAUGGGACGGCAAGCCCAUUCCGUAUUGGUUGUACAAGCUGCACGGCCUCAACAUCAGCUACAAUUGCGAAAUAUGCGGCAACUACGUGUACAAGGGCCCGAAGGCGUUCCAGCGGCAUUUCGCCGAAUGGAGGCAUGCGCACGGCAUGCGCUGCUUGGGCAUCCCGAAUACCGCCCAUUUUGCGAACGUCACGCAAAUCGAAGACGCCCUGGCAUUGUGGGAGAAACUGAAAGUUCAGAAGCAGAGCGAACGUUGGCAGCCGGAAACGGAAGAGGAAUACGAGGAUUCUCAGGGAAAUGUGGUCAACAGAAAAACAUACGAGGAUCUCAAAAGACAAGGUCUUUUGUAAAUGGAAUAUACCUAUUCAGUUUCCUCUUUACUAUAAGAUUGGGGAAGUUUCUUGCAGACCAGUUUUCAUUAAAUAAGUUUAUAAC